AGAAGCUGGUUGGGGAGUGUGCGUGCCAGCCUGACGCGAUAUAGGGCGCACAUGCGUGAUGACGUAGGGGGCGUUGAUUGGGACCGAGUACAGGGCCUGCGCAUGCGUGGAUUCUCGUCUUCUGUCCAAGUUGGUCGCUUCCCUGCGCCAAAGUGAGCAGUAGCCAACAUGUCAGGGUGGGAGUCAUAUUACAAAACCGAGGGUGAUGAAGAAGCAGAAGAAGAACAAGAAGAGAACCUUGAAGCAAGUGGAGACUAUAAAUAUUCAGGAAGAGAUAGUUUGAUUUUUUUGGUUGAUGCCUCCAAGGCUAUGUUUGAAUCUCAGAGUGAAAAUGAGUUGACACCUUUUGACAUGAGCAUCCAGUGUAUCCAAAGUGUGUACAUCAGUAAGAUCAUAAGCAGUGAUCGCGAUCUCUUGGCUGUGGUGUUCUAUGGUACUGAGAAAGACAAAAAUUCAGUGAAUUUUAAAAAUAUUUACGUCUUACAGGAGCUGGAUAAUCCAGGUGCAAAACGAAUUCUAGAGCUUGACCAGUUUAAGGGGCAGCAGGGACAAAAACGUUUCCAAGACCUGAUGGGCCACGGAUCUGACUACUCACUCAGUGAAGUGCUGUGGGUCUGCGCCAACCUCUUUAGUGAUGUCCAAUUCAAGAUGAGUCAUAAGAGGAUCAUGCUGUUCACCAAUGAAGACAACCCCCAUGGCAAUGACAGUGCCAAAGCCAGCCGGGCCAGGACCAAAGCCGGUGAUCUCCGAGAUACAGGCAUCUUCCUUGACUUGAUGCACCUGAAGAAACCUGGGGGCUUUGACAUAUCCUUGUUCUACAGAGAUAUCAUCAGCAUAGCAGAGGAUGAGGACCUCAGGGUUCACUUUGAGGAAUCCAGCAAGCUAGAAGACCUGUUGCGGAAGGUUCGCGCCAAGGAGACCAGGAAGCGAGCACUCAGCAGGUUAAAGCUGAAGCUCAACAAAGAUAUAGUGAUCUCUGUGGGCAUUUAUAAUCUGGUCCAGAAGGCUCUCAAGCCUCCUCCAAUAAAGCUCUAUCGGGAAACAAAUGAACCAGUGAAAACCAAGACCCGGACCUUUAAUACAAGUACAGGCGGUUUGCUUCUGCCUAGCGAUACCAAGAGGUCUCAGAUCUAUGGGAGUCGUCAGAUUAUACUGGAGAAAGAGGAAACAGAAGAGCUAAAACGGUUUGAUGAUCCAGGUUUGAUGCUCAUGGGUUUCAAGCCGUUGGUGCUGCUGAAGAAACACCAUUACCUGAGGCCCUCCCUGUUCGUGUACCCAGAGGAGUCGCUGGUGAUCGGGAGCUCAACCCUGUUCAGUGCUCUGCUCAUCAAGUGUCUGGAGAAGGAAGUUGCAGCAUUGUGCAGAUACACACCCCGCAGGAACAUCCCUCCUUAUUUUGUGGCUUUGGUGCCACAGGAAGAAGAGUUGGAUGACCAGAAAAUUCAGGUGACUCCUCCAGGCUUCCAGCUGGUCUUUUUACCCUUUGCUGAUGAUAAAAGGAAGAUGCCCUUUACUGAAAAAAUCAUGGCAACUUCAGAGCAGGUGGACAAGAUGAAGGCUAUCGUUGAGAAGCUUCGCUUCACAUACAGAAGUGACAGCUUUGAGAACCCCGUGCUGCAGCAGCACUUCAGAAACCUGGAGGCCUUGGCCUUGGAUUUGAUGGAGCCGGAACAAGCAGUGGACCUGACAUUGCCCAAGGUUGAAGCAAUGAAUAAAAGACUGGGCUCCUUGGUGGAUGAGUUUAAGGAGCUUGUUUACCCACCAGAUUACAAUCCUGAAGGGAAAGUUACCAAGAGAAAACACGGUGAGGAGCUGAAUGUGGACAUGUGGGCUAUUUUUAAAAAUUGCUUUUAUGAUAGUCUUAUCACAGUGGGCAAUAUCGUUUCAGAAAUAUAUAUUCACAGUCUAGUUAAAAUGGCUUUUAUCCAAAAAACAGACAAUAACAAAUGCUGGCAAGGAUGUGGAGAAAAGGGAACCCUCAUACACUGUUGGUGGGAAUGUAAAUUAGUACAGCCACUAUUAUGGAGAAUAGUUUGGAGUUUCCUCAAAAAGUGAAAACUAGAGCUACCAUAUGAUCCAGUCAGCAUAUACCCAAAAGAAAGGAGAUCAGUAUAUCAGAGAUAUGUGCACUCCCAUGUUUAUUGCAGCACCAUUCACAACAGCCAAGAUUUGGAAGCAACUUGUGUCCAUCAACAGAUGCCUGGAUAAAGAAAAUGUGGUACACGUACACGAUGGAGUACUAUUCAGCUAUAAAAAAGAAUGAGAUCCUGUCAUUUGCAAUAAUAUGUUAAGUGAAGUAAGCCAGGCUCAGACAGACAGACAUUUACAUGUUCUCACUUAUUUGUGGAAUCUAAAAAUCAAAAUAAUUGAACUCAUGGAGAUAGAGCAUAGAAGCAUGGUUACCAGAGGCUGAGAAGGGUAGUGAGGCAUUGGGGGGUUGGUGGGGAUGGUUAAUGGGUACAAAAAAAAAUAGAAUGAUUAAGAUCUAUUUGAUAAUACAACAGAGUGACUAUAGUCAGUAAUUUAUGUACAUUUAAAAAUAACUAAAGGAAUACAAUUGGAAUGUUUGUAACACAAAAGAUAAAUGCUUGAGGGGAUGGAUACCCCAUUUAUGCUGAUGUGAUUAUUUCACAUUGCCUGCCUGUAUCAAAAUACCUCAUGUACCCCACAAAUAUAUAUACCUAGUAUGUACCCACAAAAAUUAAAAAUGAAAAAAUUUUAGAAAAGAACUGUCUAUACAACCAUAUAUAUUUACACAUACCAACAUACAUAUUUCAGCACAAAUGGAAUAAUAAUCACAUUGUUUUCUAGUUUGCUAUUUUUGUUACUCAGCUAUAUAUGUUGGACAGUUACUUAUAUCCACACUUAGCUAUCUAUCUCAUUUUUUAAAAAAUGAGGCUGCAGAGUAGUUCAUUGGAUAGAUAUACCAGGUUAUUUAACCAGACCUGUAUUGACGAGUGGAUAUGCUGCAGUGAACAUGCAUUUCCAUCGUGUUCUUGUGUGAAUAGAUCCACAGGAUACAUUCUUGCAGUGAAUUGCUUCCAAAACAGUGAUUUACCCUCUAUCCAAGGAAUGCGAAUGUUUUCCUGCACUCUCACUCUUCCAGGACUUAAUUUUUUCAAUUUCUAUUAAAAAUGAUACAGAAGUUGGCCAGGUGCAGUGGCUCACGUCUGUAAUCCCGGCACUUUGGGAGGCCGAGGUGGGCGGAUCACAAGGUCAGGAGUUCAAGACCAGCCUGGCCAACACAGUGAAACCUUGUCUCUACUAAAAAUACAAAAAUUAGCCAGAUGUGGUAGUGGGCGCCUGUAGUCCCAACUACCUGGGAGGCUGAGGCAGGAGAAUCCCUUGAACCCGGGUGGCGGAGGUCGCAGUGAGCCGAGACCACACCAUUGCACUCCAGCCUCGGUGAUAGAGUGAGACUCCAUCUCAAAAAUGAUACAGAAGUUAUAUCCUUUUUUUGUUUUUAGGCAGUCUUGCUCUGUCACCCAGGCUGGAGUCCAGUGGCUCAAUCACAGCUCACUGGCUCACUGUAGCCUCAACCUCCUGGGCUCGAGUGAUCCUCCAGCCUCAGCCUCCUGAGUAGCUGAGACUGCAGGUGCACACCACCAUGGCCGGUUGAUUUUAUUACUUUAGAGCCAGGGUCUCACUGUAUUACCAAGGCUGGUCAUGAACCUGUAAAAGAUUUUCGAAGGAAGGAAGGAAUGACUUACCCAGAGUGAGCAACAGUUUUGGGUAAACUGAUGGCAUUCACACUACUUGUAAUUUCCUCCUAGGUGUGAUCUGUGUUUUAUUUUGCACUUUAAAUGAAGCUGCCUUAUCGAGAUAAGUCUUCCCCAUGGUGUCCUAGGCUGGCAUCACAGCCAGUCUAUGGUUAAUUGCAGGCAAGAUUAUACGAGGGCCCCCAUGCCAUGUAGCUGGGAUGCCACUUGUAGCAUUUCCAGUCACUGCCUCCUGACCUUUCCCCCCAGAUAAUGAAGGUUCUGGAAGCAAAAGGCCCAAGGUGGAGUAUUCAGAAGAGGAGCUGAAGACCCACAUCAGCAAGGGCACGCUGGGCAAGUUUACUGUGCCCAUGCUGAAAGAGGCCUGCCGGGCUUAUGGGCUGAAGAGUGGGCUGAAGAAGCAGGAGCUGCUGGAAGCCCUCACCAAGCACUUCCAGGACUGACCGGAGGCCGCGCGUCCAGCUGCCCUUCCACAGUGCGGCCAGGCUGCCUGGCCUUGUCCUCAGCCAGUUAAAAUGUGUUUCUCCUGAGCUAGGAAGAGUCUACCCGACAUAAGUCGAGGGACUUUAUGUUUUUGAGGCUUUCUGUUGCCAUGGUGAUGGUGUAGCCCUCCCACUUUGCUGUUCCUUACUUUACUGCCUGAAUAAAGAGCCCUAAGUUUGUACUAUA